GCGGUCUUUUUCCACAAAACAACUGCCCCUGAAGCGAGAUGGACGCGCUUUUUGCGUUGUUGAAUUUUUGUUUUUAGAAGUGAGAAAUACAAAAUUUAGUUCGAAUUCUGGAAGAUAAUUUGUGCAAAAUUUGAAUGCGAAUGUGCUUUCGGGAUUUGAACAGUUGAAAAGCCUAGCAAGCCGUGCUUUUUAUGAGUGUCAGUUGAAGUGUGCGAGUGAAAAAAGAUGGCUCGUUUGAACGGUGCCCGGCUGCAGAUGCUGGAAAAGGGAGAAGAUAAAGUGGUCCGAGAAAUUCCUGUACGAACAAGUCAGGUCCAGAUCGGUAACAAUCCAAUACAAAAUACAAUUCGCUUGAAUUCCGCUGGUGUCGAGGAUGUUCAUUGCAAAAUCUUUGUGCAAAACGACAAGGUUUUCAUAGCCAACUAUUCGGCGAAGAAUCCGAUUUCCAUUGACCAAACAGUGGUUCCCAAGCGGGCCGCCCUGACCGAUGGUUCCGUACUCGAAAUCUGUGGAACGCGGUUCCGCUGGAAGUUUGACGACUCGAAACUGGUACGAAAGACGCCGACCAGUUCCAAGUUUGGGAACCGGCGACGCACGACCAUGGUGCGGAAAAAGCAACCCGCUGCGGCUGCUGCUAGUGGCGGCGCCAGUGAAGCGGUCGCGGGAGGUUCCGGGAAGAAACCAGCGGCGAAAAAAUCUCUCCAGCAGAAACCUGCAACCUACACUCUGCCCAAAAAUAACAAACAGUUGCUUAAAAACAUCCGCAAGCGGUUAACCGUGCACAACAUAAUGACCAGGCAUAACUCCGAAGACGAUGCCGACGAGGAGGAGGACACGGAAUGUGAAGAGUCUGGUAACAUCGUUGAACAUCCAGACGGAGCAGAAUCUCCAAAGUCAGCAACACCAGAGAAACCGUCCAGCGCCGCUGCUUCGGCGGCCAACACUCCGUUCUACACGCCCGAACCGGGAAAGGAAAACUCAGUCCCAGUAUCAAAAACUCCCAAAACACCCAUGCUGCAGCUUGAAAACUCGGCAAUGAUGAUCCUCUCGUACACUCCGGCGAUCGGAUCGCGCUCCAAAGCUAACAUUCAGAAGACGCCAAUUUCGGCGGCGAAAAGUGGCCAACGUUUGAACUAUCUGACGCCCAAAAAUGAAAACGUGUCGGUGAGCGGAACGCCGCAAAAGUCGAAAGCCGGCAAUUCCAUGUAUCUCAUCGAUCUCACCACACCCACCUCUGGCCACAGCAGUUUCGUGUGCAGUCCCAUGCUUGACACAACAGCCUCUUCGGUCGGUACUCCCAAAGUGGGGCUGAUUGAUCUAACAACGCCUAGUCCGAAAAAGGUCAAAACUCCAGCGUCGGCGCUCAAAUCGACUCAGCAGAAGACAUUGUUGAAAUCGGCCUUGAAAAACGCAAGCAGAACGCCCAGGACAGCGCUGCUUACGGCAACUGGAAUGCCCGCGACGCCCAAAACAAUUCCAAAGAUCAGUCUGAACGACACACAGACCAGGUCGGCUACUUCAACGAGAAGCAACAAAACACCUGCCAGCGGAUCGGCUCGGGCAGUAAGCAUUCGUAGUAGGCUCGAGACACCGAUUUCGAGCAAGAAACAACCCGAACCGGCUCCAUCGACUCCGACAGCUGUACAACCGGAUCAGACCGAGUCAAAAGCCACACCCAUAAUGACCACCGAUGAACUCUUCGACACGCUCGUAGGCCGACAGUCGGUUGCAAAGACCUACGAAAGAAAAUCCACGUCACCCAAAAAGACACCGUGCCCGCUGGUACUGGCCGAGGACACAAGUGACAUGCCCAAAACAGACAUUGACCUGUGGGUAGAAUCAGUCGUGGCCGCCGUCACGAGUCCCGAACCGGUCAACAUGGAUUCCAUCAUCAGGAAACCAAACCGAACAACUCAAGUCCGUUCCUCUCAGUAUUCCGACAUCACACCCCACGAGUCCUUCGCCGAAGGUUCAGCAACGGCCAGCACGUCGGAAGUGGUGGACCCACAGACGGAAAAUGUCGCCGCCGAUGUUGACAGUCCUGACGAGCUAGACAACAUGACCGAUAAGCCCACCAUCCCCAACAGCAGCCGAAGAAGUGAAACGCCUUUGGCCAGCAAAAUCGCUCGAUCGCUGGGCAAUAAACGGCAAACGAUAGGGAAUUUCUUCACCAACAUCUUCGGCAAACUCACCGUCAGUCCGGUAACCCGAAUCAGCAUCGCCGAUGACUCCAUCAACCAAUCAGGGGAGGAAGAGGAGGAACGAGCAAAUGGCGACGACUCGGACGGAUCGGAAGAAGUGUAUCACGACAGCGAGACGAGUCACGCCGCGGACGUUGCUGCGGAGCAACCGGCAGACCAGGAAUCCAUCGCUUCCAGUCCAAAGUUGCGGCAGUCACUGCGCGAUACGCGAAAGUUUAUUGGCAAUGCUUGGACUUCGCUCAACACCUCGAGGCCGCAGCUGGACAAUACGGCCGAGAUUGACGAGAGCUUGCUGCUGAGUGACACGUACAACGAGAGUCAUUCCGACGCGGGCAACGAAUCCGACGCGGUUUACGAUCUGACCGAUUUGGGUAGUCGACCGGCCACGGCUCAGCCACCAAUGUCGGCCGCCAAAACUCCAACGCACCGGCAAAGCGUUCAAUCUGCGGGCGCGUUCGACAUCAGUCCGUUGGCAACUCCGCUUUGCCACGACGACGACGUGGCCCAGCUGGAAGAGUCGACGACUGUCAAUAGCCCCGUCGUAGAAUCAGCAGACGCUACUGAAGACGUGCCGCAAGAGCUGAUUUCGCCAAUUCAGUCGAUUAAUGAAACCCAAGUUGGCACUUCCGAAUCUGUUUCGGUGGCUAUGGAUCAAUCGGUUCCUGCUGAAGGUGAGACGGAAGAACUGAACGAGGCGAACGCUGAAGAACAGGUGGCGCGUUUGGACACAUCGGAAAUGGAACCGUUAGAAGUGACCGAUGGAUUCGAAAGCGAGCCCGAAAUUGGUCAGCCGGAGACUCCCCGUACAAACGACUUGGUCGGCAGCAGACGCGCAACCCGCAACUCGAUUGCAACCACCCAAGUUGUUACACCAAAGGUCGCCGCUGCAACGUCGUCGGCGAUCGCUCCGUUGAGUGAGUCCAAGCUACCGCUGCGAGGACUGCGUAUGGCGGCAAUUCAGAGUCCUGCAAAGACGCCGCAGAAGGAUGAAUCUGCCCCAGAGAUUGAGUUGCUAGAAGACGCCAACGCCGAACAGGUUGAUCAAUCCGCAACUGAUUCUUUUGUUGAGGUUGAAGCUGAGUCGGCUGUCGAGCAAUUGGUUGAGUGUGACAAGUCGAGUAGCUUGUGUGUCGAUCAGGUUGAGGUCGCCAACGCAGAGAUUGAGGAAAACGCGGCACCCCACGAAGAAACCGUCGAGUCUACCGUUGAAACAGUUGAACAAGAGCAGCUACCCAAUUCAACGGCAACUUUGGAGCAAACAGCCGUAAACGACAGUUUGGAUUUGAACGCCGCUGCAAGACGAAGCACGCGCAAAUCGCUCGCGACGAUGACGGCCACUCCGAAAACUGAUGCCUCUCUCAGUAUGGUUCCGAUGAGCGAAUCGAAGCUUCCUUUGCGUAGACUGAGAGUGGUGCAAACUGCCAAAUUAGAGCAGACCGUUGAGAAAACGCCGGCCAACCAAGAGUCGGCUUUGGAUGAGACUGCUGAACCGCAAGCUGGGGAGUCACCUACAGAUCAAUCCGCGAACAGCACUCCAGUGACUCCAAUUCCAGCAAGUCCAGGGCGAUCCUCUCGCAGUAGUGCCCGCUCGACGCCACAGAAAGCCUCCUCCAGCUCUACACCGAAAUCGACUCCAGUGGGCACGACGCCGCUGCUGAAGCGUGUCCUGCAGAAAGUUGUCAAAGCCAGCGCAACAAAAGCUGCUCAAACGCCCAAGCCUGCGUCUAACGAAUCUGACGCGGACGCAAGUCUCCAGUUGGAUCAGCUGUACCAGACGCCACCAUCGCUUCGUGUGACUCGCGGCAAGGCCACAAAUACAAGCACUCCAAACGUUGCCGACGCGAGUCUAAACCUCGAUGAGCUGUACAAAACUCCGGCACGAGCUACACGAGGCAACGCGGCCACGCCAGCUUCCGCCAAGAGUCGAGCUGUAACUCCAAAGGUUGAAAAUCUGCAAGGCACGCCAGAACAGGCAAGUCUCGAUCCGUCGGUGUACAAGCUGGAAUCAUCCGCAGCCGACAAGAGCCUAAAUCUGCAGGAAUUGUACAAGACGCCAGCUAAGGCACUUCCAAACCAACUGCUGGAGGUCGCUGAAACCCGAGAGGAAAGUACAGCCCCGAUGGCAGAGGCUGACAUGAGUUUGAAUCUACAGCAAAUGUAUCAGACACCGGUUCGGACAGCGAAGAAUGUUGGAGACCUGGUCGAUUCCAAGUCUUCGGCGAUCGCAAGUGAGUCGGUAGCAGAUGCGGAUCUUGGUGGAGUUAACUUGAUCGAAACUACUGAACCGCGGGAAAACGUUGACAUGAGCCUAAAUCUGCACGAACUGUACGAAACUCCUGCCAAAUCACUGCUUGCAAAUGCACAGCAGUCUGCCGUCGAGAACUCAGAAUCACCCAAGGAGGGAGCAGUCCAAGCUGACGUAAGUCAGUUGUCGGCUGAAGACGCUGAUGCCAGCAAGAUUGUUCAAGUUGAGAAAUCACAACCCAACGCAGACAUGAGUCUUAAUCUGCAGGAAAUGUACAAGACGCCAGCACGUUCAACGCGCCAGUCGUCGGCGGUCAAAAUUACACCGCAGUCUCCUGUUAACGUAAGUAAUGUAGAUGUUGAUGAAGAGAAACUGCCGCCUAGCGCGGACACAACCCACAACGCAUCGGCAGUCAAGAGUUCCGAACAGCCCAAUGUAAACUUCGUGCAAGCAGACGUAAGCCAACACCUGCAACAGCUGCACAAGACGCCGGCACGAUCAACGGUUCAGUCAUCGGUGGCAAACAGAACUCCACAGUCUGCUGUAGACGCAACGUGCAACGAUGCGGUGGCAAUCGUAAGCACCCCGGACGCCGUUGUUGACCAUGAUGUCAGCAAGGCAGAGGCAGAUGAAGUUGGAGGACCACAGCCUAGCGCGGACAUAACCCUCAAUCUGCAGGAACUGUACAAAACUCCAGCCAGAUCACAGCGUGAGAAUAUCCCGAAGUCGUCUGCUGUCAAGAAUGCAGGAACGCCACAGGAACUUGACGUGAGUCUCAAUCUGCAAUCUGCGGCACGACCAACGCGCCAGUCAUCAGCAGCUAUAAGUACUCCAAAGUCUGCUGUAGGCGCUGGUGUCAGCAAGUCUGAUGAAGUUGACAAACCACAAACGAAUGCAGACAUGAGCCUGAACCUGCAGGACAUGUACAAGACGCCGGCACGUUCAACACACCAGACGUCAGCGGUCAAAAGUACACCUCACUCUCCUGUUGAUGUUGAUGAAGAGCUACAGCCCAGUGCAGACACAACCCGCAACGAGUCUGCAGUCAAGAAUUUAGAAAUACCCGAGAGAGAUGACGUACAAGCAGACGUGAGUGCUUUAGCCGCUAACGUCAGCCAGUCACAUGAAAAACCACAGCCAAAUGCAGACAUGACCCUGAACCUGCAAGAACUGUACAAGACGCCGGCUCGAGCACUGCGUACACUUUCACAGAAGUCUGAAACACCCAAGGAAAGCGUCGUUCCAGCUGACGUAAGUCUCAACCUGCAACAGCUGUACAAGACGCCGGCACGUUCAACGCGUCAGUCUUCUGCAGUCAAAAGCACUCCGAACGCUGUUGGGGACGCUGAUGCCAGCAAGGUAGAUAUGAGUUUGAACCUACAGGACCUGUACAAGACACCGGCACGCACACUGCGAGGUGUUGCUCAGUUGACUCCUGCAGCCGGGACGGCCACACCAGCGAUCGUUGCUGUUCAACCCGAGCCUGAAGCCGAUGUAAGCCUCAAUCUUGAGCAACUGUACAAAACGCCUGCACGAACGCAUCGUGAAUCCGUAGAUCCACCAUCGGUGAUGAAACAGGUCAUGGCAUCUGAAGUUACCCCACAGAAGUUUGUUGAAAAGUCUGCAGUGGAUGUAACUCCGACAGCAGAGACGAAAAAUGUUGAGCGUACCCCGAUUGCUGGAGUUUCCGAGCCAGAGACGGACAUGACCCUCAACCUGGACCAGAUGUACCAAACACCAGCGCGACAAACGACGUCGGAAGACAAAACCGUUGGCAAAGUUGAAGCCGACAAGAGUCUCAAUCUUGACCAGCUGUACAAAACACCUGCUCAGACCUUGCGCGGUGUAACACAGCUAGCCUCGGUGCAAGCAAACACUCCGGCCACCGAACCAAAAGCAGAAGCUGAAGUGAGCCUCAACCUGCAAGAACUGUACAAAACUCCAGCACGUACCCUGCGUGGCACAAAAGCUCCACAGUCUGCCUCGAAACGGGCGGAGGUCGCUGGAACGCCCAAGCAGGACAGUGCUGACAUGAGCCUCAAUCUGCAAAAUCUGUACAAAACUCCCGCACAAACUCAGUCGCCUGUUGCCGACACGACUGUCCAAGCUGCGGUUUGCGAUGAGUCGAACCUAAAAGUGGAGUCGCUUUUCAAAACUCCAGCCCGCACUACGCGCGCCCAGCUUCCGCGGUCGUCGGCGAAGGUGGCUACACCGACUCCGAAGCGUACGCCACGAUCUGCCAACAAAGUUCACGAGCAGCCAUCGGUGUCGAUGGUCGAGUCCGAGCUGGCUUCAUCGAUCGCAGGAGAAAGCAUGGAUAUGGGCUCGGAAUCUGAUGGAUUAGUAACCGGCAAGGCCGUCUGCAGCACACCGUUCAACCCCCGAACCCGCAAGUCUACGCUGGUUGCUGCCGUGGGCAUGAUGUCCCCUUUGAAUUCGUCAGGCGAUGCUACGAUGACGUCCGAAAUGCACACCGAAGCCAUCGGGAUCACCACGAUCGAUUCGACCACCGUUGACCAGAUGCAGACCCUGGACGGAGUGUUUGUUGCUGCACAGUCGCGACUUGUGUACGACGAAUCGGGCCUCGAAACGAUAGCGGGAGAUCCGCUGCAGGUCACGAAUGCCGUUGAAGAUAUCACGUGGGCCGUAGAGGUGAACGAGACUACGCAACGCACCGUUGCUGAAUCACUGCUGGAGCAAAGUGAAACCUUGAUUGAACCCAGUUGCUCCGAGCAAGAAACGGUUGAUGCGUCGAAGAUUGUUGAACAGUCGCUUGUUUCAACUGCCGAAGUGCCCGUUCAGAGUCGGCUACUUGAAACUGAAGUGAUCACACCUGCAAAACCCUUACGCGAAGUUUUACAGUCUCCAGGGAACGCCGAAACUCCCGGUAACAAAUCUGCUAUGGAGAGCCCUUCCGUGCGCAACGUUGUCGAACCGAAAGUAAACGCUAGCAUCAACCUUCUGCCAGAAGAGCACGAAACUCCGACGCCAGUUGUCGAACCUGAUUUGGAAGCUGUUAAGAAGACCCCCGUCGCUUCACCAAAGUGCCCUUCAACGCCUGCCAACAAAUCGACCAGCGGAACGCCAAUUCGGACGUCGACUAGGGUAUCAACGUCCCGUCUAUCAACCGCCGCAUCCACCACUCGUCAAUCCAUGCCCUCUAUCGUGUCCAAGCCAGAUGCCGCUGUGACCGUGAACGUUUCCAUCAGUGGGCAAGGUAAGUCUUUCAUUGCAACUAAAAAGAAGAAAUACUCACCCGAACUCUUGCUUUAUACUCCAGAACUUGUUACUGUAUCGACACUGCCUGAAACGCCUGAAGUUGAGGCUGCUCCAGAAGAAGAUGAAGUUACUCCAGAUGUUCCGGAUAAGGUAGAAACGGUCGAGUCGAUUGCUGAAGAAAAGGUCGAUGAGCCUUCGGAACAAUCCGAAGAAAUCGCUGAAGCGCCCAUUGACAACAUGCCUAGCGAGAAAACAUUCGUUAGUUCACCUGUCGUCACUGAAACCGUUCCGGAUGUAAGCGUUGUCGAUGAACCGGCCGACGCUUCUACGCUGCUGAGCGAGAAGAUGGACGCCGAAUCGGUUCCAGAGCAAUCUGUCGCUGAUCUUUCAGCAGACGCCGAGAGUAGUCCUGCCACCACAACGCAGGUUCCAGACGCUGCUGCAGCUGCCUACCUGACCUCGAUGGGUGUCGAUCCGGCACUGUUACAGCAUAUUCACGAACGAGUCGAUACCCUGGAACGCGAGUUGGCUGAAAUGAACGACAUUACGCAGAGCAGUUCAACGUUUUUGGAACGGUCCGACGAGCAAUCGCUCGAUUCGCAAGAGUCUGAGGUCGAAGGCAACAAGAAUCAGACGCCCAAGCCGAUGAAGCGGCGGUUGUACACGAAGAUCGCUCCGGAUGAGAGCACGCCGGAACGACGCGAAUCGAUUGGCGAUCAACGAGUUUCGAGUUUCUACACCGAAAGCGAGAGCGACAGGCGGGCGGUCGAUACAUCGUCCGAGAUUGAGGAACCAAAGAAGGUAGAUUCGGUGAAGGUGUUGCCAAGCCGAGCGUCGCGUCGAAAAAUAAUUUCCCUUUCCGAGGAGGCCUUGGCCGGCGCCUCGCCUGAAUUGAAGUUCGUAAAACCCAAACAACCGAAGGUUGCUGCUCCCGUGGAAGAUCCUCCCCAGAUUGAUACGUCCGUCAACACGUCUGAAACAGAGCAGAGCGAUCAGGAAACUUCCCUCGGACGCCGCAAGGUUGUGUUUAACGAUCACAUUCAGGUGAAGGAGAUCAACUCGCCAGCCUUUAUUGGAGAGAUUAUCAAGAAGACCUCGCUGCGAGGCCGUGGUCGCAACAACAAGCAACAACCUGUUACAGUUACCGUCGAUCAGCACGCUGGACAAGCGAUCAAGCCGGCUACCAAGCGGUCCAAAAUAGCCGAGCCUGUCACUGAGGUCGCAUCUCCACAGGAAGGAACCAGCACGGAGGGUGAUCUGGACAAGGUUGAAACUGUUGAACCAGCAUCCGUGGAAAAACCUGCAGCUAAGCGAAGUCGUGCGAAGAAGGCACCUGCGACAAAGCGAACCGGAUCUAGGACAAAAAUGCCGGUUAAAGCAGCAGCUGAGGAUUCAGUAGAGGUAGAUCCCCAGGAAGGAACCAGCACAAUCGCAGUAACUGACGAUGUUUCGGGCAAGGUUGAACCAUUUGUUGAAGGUGAGGUUAUUCCAAAUAAUGUUGAAGGGCCACCGAAACAGUCCGAAGAAAUCAUUGAAGCGUCCGUUGAGGAGCCUGCUCCCAAGCGAAGUCGCACAAAAAAGGCACCUGCAACGAAGCGGACCGGUUCUAGGCCUAAGCUUGUGGUUGAGGCCGCUCCAAAAGAAGAAACCAUCCCGAACGAAAUUGAAACGGUUGAAUCAGUUGUCGAAGAGCAGCCUAAACCAUCCGAAGAAACCGUUGAUGCGCCCUUCAAAGAACCAGCAACUAAGCGAAUUCGUACUAAGAAGGCACCCGUAUCGAAGCGGACCGUUUCUAGGACAAAGUUUCCCGUUGGAUCAGCUGUGCGAGAUGAAGUUGAGGCUGCUCCAACAGAAGAUGAAGUUACUCCAGAUGUUCCGGACAAGGUAGGAACGGUCGAGUCGGUUGCUGAAGAUAAGGCCGAUGAGCCUUCGGAACAAUCCGAAGAAAUCGAUGAAGCUCCCGUUGAUCACACGCACAAAUCAAGUCGUUCGAAGAAAGCUCCAACAACCAAGCGGGCCGUUUCCAAGACAAAGGACGAACAAACCUCAACGGCGGCCAACAAGGAUACGCACGACGAAUCCGAUGCAGCUUCUGUCCAACCCAGCGCCAAACGAUCGCGCCGAGGAGCAAAGGAAGCUUCGGAUGGCACAGAACCGGUUGUCGAGCCGGAACAAAAGGUUAAAGCGGAGACAACUGUCGAGGGUAGCGAAGGUCCAACACACGUCGCGGUAAAGAAAGAUGCUGGGCAGCCCAAGGCCACGACCAAAGCACCGAGCCGUUCACGUCGCGGCAAGAAGCAGGCCUCCGAGUCGGAAGAAUCGCUUGCCGAAGCUCAAGAAACUGCACAAGCGGCCAAGCCAAAAUCUCGACGGGGAGGAAAGAAGAAUGACACGCCAGCCGAAGAGGUUGUUCAAACUGACACACCUUCGGAAGCAGCUGAAAAUCCGAGUGCUGAUGCAGAGCAGAAGACUGACACCGAGGUCGAAAUGUCGAUAGAGAAAGCUCCACAAAUCGAAGGAGAGACGUCAAAAGCGAAGGCGAAUCCUAGAUCUCGUCGUGGUGCAAAGGGAAACCCGGCGCCAGUUGAUGAAGCUGCCGACAGCCACGAGGACGAGAAUUCCACAUCGCACAGCAAGGCUGCGGUGAAGAAAGGUACCCGCCGUGGUCGUGGCGCAACUCAGAAUGACACUGUUGAAUCCAGCGUGCUUCCGGAGGUUUCUGCUGGCGCCUCGUUGACAGUUGAGAAAGCCAUUGCGGACUCUACAAGUCAUGAUGAGCCGAGUGCGGCUGCCGUUGACGUCGUAUCUGGUGCGAAACGAUCGCGACGAGGUGCAACGAAGGAAGAUGCCGAAUCAGCAGUCAACGAGCCGUUAAGCAAGCGAACGCGUCGUGCGCCAAAGUCAAAGGUGGAGCAGGUCACUGAGGAAGCUAAUUCAGCUGUAGCUGCAGACCUGGUGAUUGAAAAGCCAAAACCAACUGGUCGUUCUCGUCGUGGACAGAAUCAGGAUUCAGAGGCAGAGUCGGCGAAGACGCAAGAUGAGCAGCCGGAAAUAGGUAGCGAGAAACAGGAAGCGUCCCAGAUAGACAAGUUUGACAUUGAAGAAAAACCAUCAUCUCGACGUGGAGCCAGGAAGAAGCCUGCGGAAGAACAGACGAGUGCCAGGAUGCCAUCGCCGACGUUGCCUCCUCCUGCAGUCGACGAACAACCUGCAAAGCGAGUAGGCAGGCAAGCGACAAAACGAGCUCCAAAAAAUACCACCAGCAACCCAGAUCCGGUUCCAGUUGAGAUGUCUAUGAAUGAGUCCCAUAUGGUCAAGACGAUGCUACCUGCUUCGCACACUUCAACUCCGUUGAUAAAAAGCGUUCUUAAUGCGGACGCCGUUGAAGUUACCAGCGCAACACGCGGUCGUCGGGCGGCGGCGGCAAAUCCCGUUAUUGCAGCACUGAUUGAAGAGUCCACACCUCGUACCAGGGCCCGCCGUGGCGCAAGUGCAACUCCGGAAGUGCAGGUCGAAACGCCGAGUACGCCUGCGAAACGUGGUCGUGGUCGUGGCGCUGCAGCCAAAGCCAAGGUCGUAGAAGAAGAAUCUCAGUCAACGGUAACCGAAGCACCACAGACGAGCACCACCGCCGUUGAUGAGACGUCCGAACCGUCGACGAGCACGGCGCGAAGUCGUGGAAAGAAAACCGCAAAGGUUGACAAAGGAGUCGUCGAAGAAGCCACGGAAACAGAACCGGCCACGAAACGAUCUCGCAAAGUUCCGGCCAAGUUACGGGAUGAUGCUGACGAUGCACCAAAGGCACCUGUGGCCCGCGGUCGGCGCGGUGCCAAGGCAAAGACUGAAGAAUCGAACGCGGACGACCCGGCCGGUCCCAGUGAGGAAGAGCCCAAGAAGAAGCCCAGAGGAGCAGCUGCUACGAAACGCACAGCUAAGAAGACGGCGGUGGCGGCGGAUGAUCUCAACGAAGAAAGCGUACCAGAUGAGGAAGUCACAGAAGAAGAAGAAGCUCCGAAAAGUCCACCCCCCAAACGUACACGGAAGGGUGCUAGAUAAGCUCGAGUGGAUAGGCCGGAGAUGGUUUAAUUUUUGUUUUGUUAUUUUUCUUAUUUUUAAUACUUAACCUUUACUGAACAUUUACUAAGGAAUUAAUAAACAGUUUGAUUUGAUGAUUGGAAAAGAA